GACGGCGUCUUUGAGGUCAAGGCCACUGCUGGGGACACCCACCUCGGCGGCGAGGACUUUAGCAAUCGCCUUCUGGAGCACUGCAUCAAGGAGUUCGAAAAGAAGAACCGCGGAAAGGAGGUCCGCAAGAAUCAACGGGCCCUUCGGCGACUUCAAGCCGAGUGUGAUGCAGCCAAGAGGACGCUCUCCUCGUCCACGCAGGCAUCCAUCGAGGUGGAUUCCCUCCUGGACGGGCUAGACUUCUCCCUGGCAGUGAGCCGGGCGAAGUUCGAGGAGCUGAACCAAGACCUGUUCAAGCGGUCGAUGGAUUCGGUGGAGAAGGUGAUCAGCGAUGCGAAAGUCGAUCGGAAAGCGAUUGACGAGGUAGUGCUGAUCGGGGGCUCCACCAGGAUACCGUACGUCCAGAAGCUCAUCGAGGAAUACUUCAGGAAAGAGCCGUGCCGUUCGAUCAACGCGGACGAGGCGGUCGCGUACGGUGCUGCCGUGCAAGCAGCGGUUCUGAGCGGCGUCAAGGGGAAAGAUUCUCCGCUGAAAGACCUCGUGCUUUUGGAUGUGACGCCUCUUUCCCUGGGCCUCGAAACUGCGGGUGGAGUGAUGACAAGGCUCAUUGAGAGGAACUCCACCAUACCCACCAACAAGAAGCAGGUCUUUUCUACCUACUCCGACAACCAGACUGCCGUGACCAUCCAGGUCUAUGAAGGCGAGCGCUCCAUGACAAGGGACAACCGGCUGCUCGGCUCCUUCAACCUGGACAGCAUCCCUCCAGCACCCCGUGGCGUUCCUCAGAUCGAGGUCGCUUUUGACUUGGACUCCAAUGGGAUCCUCAACGUGUCUGCAGCAGACAAGACGACUGGAAAGUCGAAUAAGAUCACCAUCACGAAUGAGAAAGGACGCCUCUCCAAAGACGAGAUCGAGCGCAUGGUGAAGGAAGCCGAGAAGUACCGAAGCGAGGACGAAGCCAUUCGGAAGUCCGUGGAGGCCCGCAACGAGCUGGAGAGAUACGCCUAUUCCGUCUCAGGAUCCCUCGACCGGGAUGACCUGAAAGACAAGUUCACGGAGGAAGAUCGGAGCAAG